AUGUCAUGUCUGGACCGCAGCGGCAAGUCCACACAGAGCAAGAAGCUGGAGGCCCACUUGCAGAAGGUGGGCUACGGCAAGGUGAAGUGGAUGUGCUUCCCAAACCGUAAGACGGCCAUUGGCACGGCCAUUGACCUGUACUUGCGGAGGCAACUGGAGCUACCGGACGAAGCAGUGCAUCGGCUCUUCAGCGCGAAUCGCUGGGAGAUGGCAAAGUCCAUCGUGGAGGAUCUGAAAGCUGGGACCACCAUCAUUUGCGACCGCUAUGCCUUCUCGGGAGUGGCCUACUCCGCCGCCAAAGGCCUGGACUUCACAUGGUGCCAGUCUCCUGAUCGGGGGCUACCAUGCCCAGACGGCAUCUUCUUCCUGUACAUAGACGAGAAGGUCGGCGCGUCCCGCGCCAACUUUGGCGACGAGCGCUACGAGAAUGCGGAGAUGCAGGCGGAGGUGCGGAACCAGUUCAAAGACCCGCGGCUCCGCGCCCACGUCAACUGGCAUGACGUGGACGGAGCCCGCGACAAGGAGGUGAUCCACGCAGAGAUUCUAGCUGCUGUCCAGAAGUGCAAGGCUUCGCUGCGCUCCAGGCGUAGUUGA